GUGAUAUUGUGGAUAUUCUCUGUUUCUGGGGUGGCAGUAUUUUAGACUAUUUGCUCUUGAGCUGGAUUUAGGUCUGUAGAGAGUUUCCUUGAGACGUGUCGUGGAACUCGAGGUCCCACCAUCGUCAAAAAAUGAGAGUUUGUAGAGGAGGAGCUUAUUCUCCAUGGUUGUGUUGAAAGAAUUGGAUAUGCUGGGAACUCUUCACAAGUUAAUAAAUAUGAGAGUCAAGCGUGUCAAUUAGGUUACCAUGCGAGGGUAUUUCUAUGAUGAAAUUGCUUGUGCAAGGAAAGGGCGUUUAGUUUGUUGCGUUAAUACCCCUAGUUGGGUUGACAGUGAGGCUUGUUCUCUAAAGAAGGUUCUACGUUUUGCCAUAGUUUGUGAACGGUGUGUUUAUAAAGCUUUAUCCAGCAUGGUUCUAUUGUUGCAGUUUAUCGCUUAAGAGUGACUACCUUACGGAGUUUCAAGUAUGUGCUACUUUCCGUCCCAUAAGGCAGUCGUCGGACUAGCAGAUGCUGGCAAGGAUACUUUGGACACUGUAAAGAUGAUGAUCAUGAUUUAGUUAAGUUGUGAACGUAAAGCUUUUUAAGAAAACAAAUUUUGAUGCGAAGAAAGCAGGUGAUCAUUUGAUUUGACUGUGGUUUCACAAGGACGAGUCAUUUCUGAGGAGGGAGGAGUUUCAUUUCUGGUGCUGUCGAGGAUAUGAACGAACUAGUGUUCUCUUUGAACCAGAUCCUAGAGUCUUCACCUCUUCUUCCCUGGGAGCUCUAUUGUUGUAUUCUGCACAUAUUAUCACUUGGAAGGAUUUCUUCCUGGACGAGGGAAGUGGAACUGCGAGUAGUAAGGUUUGGGUUCUAGAUUAUUCUGCUAUGGCAGGUUUACUGGGAGGCGCAGAUGCAACGGCUCAAUUGGCAUUAGCAGGCGCAAGCACCGGAAAUGGAAAGCUCGAAGAACCUGAUCACUCUAGUGCAAAUUGGUACUUUAGUCGGGAUGAGAUUGAGAAACAGUCUCCUUCUAGGUUGGAUGGAAUCGACAUUAAGAAAGAGACCUAUUUCAGGAAGUCAUACUGCACAUUUUUACAGGACCUUGGAAUGCGGCUGAAAGUGCCUCAAGUGACUAUUGCAACAGCCAUUGUGUUUUGCCAUCGGUUUUUCCAUCGUCAAUCGCAUAAAAAGAACGACAGACAUAUGGUGGCAACCAUAUGCAUGUUUCUGGCUGGGAAAGUGGAAGAGACUCCUCGGCCGCUCCGAGAAGUCAUCAUGUUCUCGUACGAGAUUCGAUUCAAAAAAGAUCCAAUUGCUGCGCAGCGAAUCAGACAGAAGGAUGUAUAUGAGGACCAGAAGGAGCUAGUGCUGGGAGGGGAACGGCUGCUACUGACUACUUUGGGCUUUGACCUGAACGUACAUCAUCCGUACAAGCCCUUAGUGGCAGCUAUCAAGAAGUUCAAAGUAGCUCAGAAUACGUUAGCACAGGUUGCUUGGAAUUUCGUAAAUGAUGGUCUUCGCACAUCACUGUGCCUGCAAUUCAAGCCUCAUCAUAUUGCUGCGGGAGCUAUCUUCUUGGCUGCCAAAUUUCUGAAAGUGAACCUACCCAAAGAUGGAGACAAAGUGUGGUGGCAGCAGUUUGAAGUUACCCCUAGACAAUUGGAAGAAGUAAGCAAUCAGAUGCUAGAAUUGUACGAGCAGAAUAAAUCCAACGGCCCAACAGGCUCGCUUGCCAACGAUCCAAGCCCCAGCGAAAUGAAGCGAGGCCAUGCUCCUAUGGAAAAUCCGUCUACAAAUGGGUAUCAUCAUCAGCAAAGCCCUAUGGCAAAACCAGAAGCAGUGGAAUCAAAAAUGGAUGAAGCUUCUAGUCAGUGGGAUGAUAAGUAUGCUGGAGGCAGGGUGCAAUCGUCUUCACCUGAUUUGGCGUGGAGGUGCAGUGACCCUUCUUCUGAGCAACCGUCGGAUGCUAGGCACAAUGGCUUUCCAGAGACAUCGGGAGUGCAGGCCUCGAAUGGGAGGAUCAACUCGGAGACGUUUAGCAAAAAGGAAUCCGUGAAAUCUAAUGGCGAGCAUUGUCAUGAAACCCAAGAGGAGGUGAAGAAUGGUGUUGGUCGAGGUGAUCGGAGUGAUGAAGGAAGACCAAGUGCUCGGGAAAGACGAAAAGACGGUGAAAAUUUGAAUGGAAAGGACAAAAAAGCAGAUACAGUUGUGAAUUCCGAGACUCUAGACACAAAAGUAGAGACUGAAGAGAAGGACAGAAAGAAGGAAUUUGUGAGCUUGGAUGGAGUUAACACGGACAAGAUUAAAGCUGCAUUAGAGAAAAGAAGGAAAUCACGGGUAGGGUUAGAGUCGAGGCCUUCCAACGUUACCCAUGAGCCAAUAAAUGAAGAUGAGUUACUUGAAAGGGAGCUUGAGAGCGGAGUGGAUGCGGUAGCGGAGGCCGAAAAAUAUGGGAAAGAGAGGAAGGAUAGGAAGCCUUUAAGGGGUGAGCAUGACCUUGUAGGUAGCAAGGAGGAUCAGUUGGGGUCCAAAAAGCUCAAGGCGAAAAUGGAAGGGGAAGCGAAGGGUGCUAAGGUUGAUCAUGAUAUUGCAGGUUUGAAAGAGCGAGUUGCUGAGGGUGAUCUUGCUGCUUCAAGCAGGAAGAAAGUUGUGAAGGAGAAAGACUUCUACCCACAUGAAAGGAAACAGGGGAAAUCACUCGAACGUAGUGACCAUGCGGAUGUAGAUAGAGACAGUAGGGGGCAAAGGGAUCGUUCUCCUGAAAGGGUGGAAGAAGGUGAAGUUCCAAGCACAAGUGGCUCUGUAAGAUCUCCACCACGAUCAGCAGAGAAGCGGUCUCUUCCUGACCGUAGCUUGAGUCCUAGUGCUCAAAAACGAUACUACGGAAACCGUGAACAGUAUUGGAAUCGAAAGGAUGGGCACAAGGAUGGAAGGCACUCACAUAAUCGGGACCAUUACCAUUACCAUUCUUCACACCACAGGUACGAUCAACAUCGUCCAGAUGCCGAAAGAGAUCGUCACCGAGGUGAUCUUAAAGAUAGGGACUGGUCCGACCGAGACUACAAGAAGUCUCGUCACGAGUGACAACCCUACUUGUUUCCUGGGCUUUUGUGAGCUGAUUUUGCACUAAGGGUACCCCAUGAGAAAUAGUUAACUGCUUAAUAUUAAGUUGAGCAUUUUGAGCCCUUUUCUGGCCGUAACUGGUUUAUCGAUUGUACCUGCAGUGGCAGCAAACUCUCUGCAGUGAACUGCUUUGUCUCCAAUGUUGUGACUGAAGAUGUGAUUCAACUCAUUGUUUUUCAGUUCGCGGGUACGCUUAGUGGAUUUUAUACAAGAUACCAGUUAUGAAAAAAUUGCACGAACGACUCUGAAGAGAGAAAUUUGUGCUUCAGAAUAAGGCUACAGACUUUGCUCUCGGUAGAGAGUUUUUGUUUGCCUCGGUUAGUUCGAGACAUGUUGCCGUUGGAUACCUAUUUUGUGUGUCUCCGGAGGUGUAAUUUUCUUUGGAAGAGCAAAGCUUUUAUCCUCAUAGCUUCCCACUAUGACCUGAAAGAUGAUUUGGAAAACUUUUAUGACCGAAGAAGUUCUAUUUGGUCCUCGAACCAGGGGUACUA